AUGAUCGCCGAAGCCGAGACCAGAGGCGUUAUGGAAGAGAUGCAAACACAGAAGAAGGUAGAAGAAGAAGAAGAAGACGAGGAAGGCCCUCCUCCGGGAUGGGAAUCUACUGUUCUUCCUCCUCCACCGACCCCCGCCGUCACCACCGCCGUAAACUCCACUACCGCCACCACCGCCGAAAUUCCCGAGAAGGCGCAAAUGGUGUGUGGAUCUUGCAGGCGUUUACUUUCGUAUCCACGUGGAACCAAACAUGUCAAGUGUUCCUGCUGUCUGACAGUUAAUCUCGUUCUUGAAGCUCACCAGGUUGGUCAGGUAAAGUGUAGCAAUUGCGAACUGCUCCUGAUGUAUCCUUAUGGAGCUCCCUCUGUCAGAUGUUCCUCCUGCAAAUCUGUCUCAGACAUCAGAGAAGACAACAAACGACUUCCGUGGUCUGUGCAGCAAGGACCGCUCAAAACAUUCAGCCGUGUCCGGUGAGGAGACUAAGCUUAAACCGUGUUUAUUUUUUGCCCAAAUGUCAAUCGGUUUAAUGACAAAACUUGUCAUAAUGUUUAAAAGGAUAAACGAAACAAAUGUCAUCUUCAAUAAUCAUUGGAUUACCAUUCUUUCAAAU